AUGACCACGAGCCAACCACACGAUGUCUACCACACGGUUAAUCUCGUAACGCAAUGUCUGUGCAUUCCGAUCGUCUCGAUCUUCGUGGCUUUGCGCUUCUACACCCGAUGGCGAUUCAAGCAAAGCCUCGGCGUUGAAGAUUAUGCGUGCGCUGUGGCUUGGGGGCUGUUCAUGGGAUACUGCGGCAUCAGUAUUGUCAUCGGAAAAAAUGGCGGAGGUUACCACUUCGACCAGUUAAGCCACGAAACCCAGGUCCAAUACAAAAAGUUCUGCUAUAUCGCCACCAUCCUCUACUGCCCGAUGGCCCUCUUCGUCAAAAUUGCCCUCCUAUCGAUCCUUACUCGCAUCUUCGCUCCGUAUCGUGGAAAGGUGUGGUUUAUCUACAUCCUACUCGGCUGCCUAUGCACCUACUACAUCAUCGCCCUCAUCAUUAAGAUCCGAAUGUGUUACCCUAUUCCUCUAUACUGGCUCGGAGAACUACCAGACGGCCAGAAGGGAUCUUGUCUUGAUCAAACGGCUGCCUUGAUCGCCGACUCGGUUAUCAGUGUUGUUAGCGACCUUAUCAUCCUCGUCCUACCGUUGCCAUUGACUUGGUCCCUACAAAUGUCGCGCAGUCGGAAACUUCGCGUUAUUGGACUCCUUGGUGCUGGAGGUCUUGCUACUGGAUUCAGUGUGUAUCGGCUGAUCCUGGUGCUGAAGGAUGGCAAGUCCUCUGAUAUGAGUAUCUUGUUCAUGUGUGUUAUCAUGUCUGGUAAUGCCGAGGGUGGUGUCGGAUUGAUUUGCGCCUGUCUUCCCAUUCUCAACGUCCUCUACGCCCACUACCGGAAAGAGUACUCGUCCCAACGAUACUACAACCAGAGCUCCGAUAUUCACAUGGGCGACCGCAAGUCUGGGAACAACUCUCAGUCUGCCAGCCGCUUUGGCAAGACGCCAAAUUUCGGUGAUCAAAAUGAUCAAAGCCAUCUGAUCUCCUUCGCUGGAGCCCCAGAGGCAAGCGACUCCAUCUAUAAUGAUGAUGGAAUUAGAAAAACGGUUGCGGUGUCGCAGACCGUGGAAAGUGCUGACGGCGAUAGCCGAUAA